AUGGAAGAAGCGGUUGUUGUACCUGAAUGUUCUCCCGAGCUUAAGCCUGUUGUAGGUCAGAAAUUCCAAUCCUUGGAUUUCGCUUUCUACGACGUAUAUGCCCGCGCAGUUGGCUUUGAUACGCGCAAACAAGCUAUGAGGAAGGUUGAUGAUGUCACGACUGAGUAUCAAGUUGUAUGCAAUAGAGAAGGAAGGAAGAAGGGCGAUGAGGAUGACCAGUUGAAUGCCCGUUCUGGUUUCACUAUCAAGCGUAGGAAGUUAUCUAAGCGGUGUGGUUGUACGGCUAGUAUAUCCUUCAGGUUUUUCUCGGAAGAUUGCUCGUCAGGAUACAUAAUUCAGGAGUUCAAUGAGAUUCAUAACCAUCACAUGGUUGAGACGGAACAUCAGCAAUUCAUGUCAAGUAAUCGCAAGUUGGAUGAUGUACAUCAUAAAUUUAUCCUCGACUGUUCCAAGGCGAAUAUUGGACCCACGCUUACAUUUAAGGUCUUGAAGGAGAUUCUUGGUGGGUUCGACCUAGUUGGUUGCACUGUUGGGGAUAUCAGGAAUGCGUCACGGGACAUCAAAGCAUAUGCACAAGGAUUUGAUGUACAAAUGGUGUUGGAUGACAUUGGUAAGAAGAAGGAGAUGUCCGAGGCUUUCACCUAUCACUACGAAGUUAACGAAUCCGACCAGUUGAUUGCUCUGUUUUGGUGUGACGGUUUGAUGAAGAGGAAUUACCACAUGUUUGGUGAUAUUGUGUCCUUCGACUCCACGUACAACACAAACAAGUACUGUAUGUUUACAUUACGGUGUAAGGCGUGCGAUGAGUUGGGUCAUCACGACUCCAGGAAUUGUCCUGUGCUUAAAGAGAUGACGAUGGAGAAAGAUGCGCGGAAGGGGAAAAAUCCAGAUUGA